AUGUCAACUAAUCAGAGCGGUAUGAACUCCACACCUGCUCCUACCGCUGGUGCUGCCAAUCAACCUGUCAGCCCUGCAACUCCAACUGUUGGCAAUACUGCCGGUAUGCCUGCCAAUGCUACCGUGCCCCCUGGUUUUACUCUCGCAAGCCUUGAUGAGGCUGAGCUCCUGGAACUGAAGUACGAUGCACCCAUUCUUGACGCACAAGUGGUGGAUACUGGCCAAACUCAGCUUACUCAGCUUGAGCGGCCCCAUCGUGGCACUCUUCGGGCUUUACUUGGGUAUGCUUACCUUCGUCAAAACGUCCAUCGCGAUCCGAUCACCCCGAUCAAUUGCAUGAACAUUGACGUACAAGCAUUCUUCAAUUAUCAAUGUAGUGGUGACUUUAUAGUUUUUAAUAAUUCUUCUUUCCCACAACCUUUUGUCUCCAAGCCUGAUCAUCGCAAACCUAUUGACUCGUCCCCUGAUACUCUCCUUCCAACACAGAUGGAGACGAACCCAGACAGCCAUCUAGCCACCGUACGCAACAAAUUUGCACCCAAACAUGGGGAGCUACAACGGCCAAUGAGCGAGGAAUCAGACCGCCAAGCUACAGUAGACGUGAUCAGUAAUCAGUAUAGUGAUACUACUAGUCUGACUACUAUUGUUUCUUCCGCUCUACAACCUAGUAUUCGCACAUCUGACGGUGUCAAUAUACUCAAUGGUAGUCGUGCCACACAACUUGUUGGCGCACAAAGCACCAUGAGUAGACCAACACAGAACAAGAGUGACAUUGCAAAUGAUGUCAUAUUCAACUCCAACCUUGAAUGGGACCAAACUCUAUUGGAUCCCAACAUUGACAGGCUGGACGAACAGGGCAAAGAUGAGACUGACGAGUACCCAAUGGAUUUGGAGAAUGGGGAGCAACAGUGUGUGAUGUCUGAUAAGUUGGCUGUCGUACCGGCUACCAAACGUCCACCGCCUACACCUCAACAAGAAGCCAAACAACACGAGUUCAUGUUUUAUGGAGUAAAAUAUAGAUCAUUUAAUAACCAUAAUGUUAUCUAUUCUAUUCAGAAAGCCAACACUCGUAAACAUCUAGCUUUGAUUGAUAAAGGUGCCAACGGUGGCAUUGCUGGAGACGAUGCCCGCAUCAUCAUUGCAAUCAUACGCCAACAAGCCUACAUUGGAAAGGGUCAAUCCAUUCUGUCCAGCGGACAAAUGGAACAUUUCAAGAUUGUUGUGGACGACAAGUCUACCAAAGUUGGUGGUCAACAGCGUUUGACAACACAAGACGGCUCCGUCUUACCACUGGACAUCAGAAGUGGCCUCCCAUAUCUGCGAAUGCAUCCACCAACAGAUCGUGAGCUGAGUAAUCCCAACAUCCCACAUGUCGUGCUCACUUCUGAUACUGAUUGGGACCCAAGUGUAUUGGAUCAUUCGAUCGACAAUAUGAAAGAAUGGGCAAAGUCCGUUCCCGACCAUGAUCCUGAUGAUGGAGAACACCUGUUUGAUCUUGUAGGAGUUCUUAAGAAUAAUGAAGCUGUUACUUCUUUUAAGGAUUCUAAACUAGAUGAAACCAUUGAUUUCUUUGAAAACUUCAAUUCACCAGAAGAUUCACCCAUCCCUGAGUGUUUCGAGGUCUACGAAGCUCGUAAGCCCCCUUCAAUACUGUUCAGCCCAGGACAAUCGGUCAACUACGAUAUCGAGUCAGCUCCUUUGAAAGACAGCUCUUUCAAGGACCUCAUCCUCGAUUCGGACAAACCGACUAGCAGGACACCUCAUGGGGAGAUGGAUCAUUGUGCACCGCCAAGAUCUACUCUAGACGAUGCUGUUGCUUUCUUUACUGACUUUGUACUGGAAGACGACUUGCUCCAACAGUUGCCGGAAGCGAGCAUGGGGAGAGAUGAUGCUACUAGUGCUCUUCCUCCUGUACAUGAGGGGAACAAGUCAGAUAGAGAGCCUGAGCAAACAAUAGAUGAGAUAGCCACUAACGAAUCUAUUUUAGUUUGUACUCUUGGGAUCCUUGAAGCUACUCUAGACUGUACUCUUGACUUCCUUGGGCCACUUGACUUUCAUCUGAUCGAUCGUGGAUUGAGCACCGCUAACAUUCCAAAUGCCACGCUCAUUCACAAGUAUUGUACUGAUCACGACCAAAACGUAUUGGACUCCAUGGCUAUUGGAACUGAAGAAGCCAAGCCGACAUUCAAACAAGUAGAUAGUCAUAAUUGUAAUAGAGCCUUACUCUUUACUACUAUGAACGGACAUUCUGCUUUAGAUUGUGCAAUCGACUUCUUCCAAUCCUUUGCCUGUGCGAAUCCAAUAGAUGGACUCCAUGAAGUCCAUCGUCCACCAACUUCUGAACUAGCUAGACUUGAACGUAGCAUGGAAGACCCUAUCAACCUGGAUCGCACCAGUGCAACUCAAGUCGCACUGCCAGAGCUCGAGAUCUAUCAGUCUCACAAGCAACCCCUAACUCAAGAGGCGCGCUUUGAGCUGGUGUUGUAUCAAUCUCUGAGCUGGUGUUGUAUCAAUCUCACAAGCAACCCUCAACCCAAGAGGCGCGCUUUGAUGAUGAUACUCGAAAGCCUGACAGGAGAAAUGGUCCACUACCUUGCAACAGCUUUGAGCAUGGAUUACAACCAACUGAGGUUGAACUGA